AUGCGCGAGACAGCCAAUCAGGCUGCAGCCGCUUCCCGUGCCAUUAAACGCGAGACUGACCCGGUGCACUCUGCAACCACUGCCAGUGCCGCUACAGAGAAGACUGUGGAUCUUCCAAUCGGACCGCCUGCCGAAGUGGUCUACGCUCUGCCGCUUUUCCUGCUCCUACUCUUCGUCAUUUACGUCCUUGGUCAUGUGACCCAACCAGACCCCUCACACUACUGGAUCGGUUGCGCGCCAGCGGAGACCUCCGAUGCCAAUGCAACUACUUCUGCAGCCGUAUUCACCUUCCGUCCACCGGAGAAGGUUACUCCCCUUACCUACUGGCGACGGGUGUUUGUGCUCGUAAUCUACCUUUGCCUCAAGUCAGCCUACACCUUCAGCGUGACCCUCACCGCGCUCAUUAUUGUGACGCGUUACUUCACAAGGUUAUUUUGCAAUUCAUGA